GAGCUCGAGUUUAUGAGUCCAGGGCCUUGCUAUUGGUAUUGGGCUUCGGCCCUACCAAAUAAGUCACCGUCCCUUCCCUCCAACUACAACCGGAACCGGGCUAGCAAGUGCCAAGUAGGGCACCAAAUACACUCUAAGCAAAAAUGGCGGCCGUUGCUUCUAACGUCAUUCCGGAUCCUAACCCCAGGGCCAACGGUACCGUCUGGUGUCGGCGGAAGCCAUUAUCGUAUACUGUCGCCUCGAAUUCUAGGUUGCUACGCAACAAAUUUCUUGGCAAACCUUUGUUUGCGUCAGUCAACAACACCCAAGGAGGGCGAUCGGUUAGCGCCAGGGCUUCAGAUUUCAAGUCGAUCGAUGCGUCGUCGCAUUCUUUUGAUGUGGUGGUGGUCGGCGCGGGAAUCAUUGGGCUGACAAUCGCCCGGCAGUUUCUGCUUGAGUCGGAUCUUUCCGUUGCCGUCGUUGACGCCGCCGUCCCUUGCUCGGGCGCUACCGGCGCUGGGCAAGGAUAUGUAUGGAUGGUUCACAAAACACCAGAGAGUGAUAAAUGGGAGCUCGCAAUGAGGAGCCAUGAACUGUGGGAGUUGUUGGCAGAUGACAUACAGCGUCAAUGCAUGAACCCCUUGGAGAUACUUGGUUGGAAGAAGACUGGAAGCUUGUUAAUUGGUAGAACUGCUGAUGAGUCGGUCAUGUUAAAGAGAAGAGUAGAUCAGCUGUCUGAAGCUGGGUUAAAAGCUCAGUUCUUACAUUCCAGUGAUUUACUCUCAAAGGAACCUGCACUCAUGGUUGCUGGGGAAGGUGGGGCAGCCUUUCUCCCUGAUGACUGUCAGUUGGAUGCUCAUCGUACUGUUGCAUUUGUUGAGAAGGUUAAUAGACAUUUCACGCCAGAAGGCAGAUAUGCAGAGUUCUAUUUUGAGCCAGUGAUUAGUUUAUUGAGAACUAGCAGUGGGGAGAUUGAAGGCAUUCGGACUCCUAAAAACAUCCUCUAUUCUAAGAAAGCUGUUGUAAUUGCUGCUGGAUGUUGGAGCGGGUCUUUGAUGCAUGACCUGAUUAGGGAUUCAGAUAUUGAAUUGGAUGUUCCUGUAAAGCCUCGAAAGGGUCACUUGCUUGUAGUGAAAGAUUUCAAUUUCUUCAGACUAAAUCAUGGCCUCAUGGAGGUGGGUUAUGCUGAUCAUCAAUCUGCAACUCUUCAAUCCUCAGUUUCUGCUUCAGGGUCAGUUAAUGCGUCAACGUCGUCUGUUUCAAUGACAGCCACCAUGGAUUCUUGGGGAAACCUUGUUCUUGGAAGCAGCCGCCAGUUUGUUGGAUUUGGAACAGAUAUAGAUGAGUCCAUCAUUGAUCGCAUAUGGCACCGGGCGGGGGAGUUCUUUCCCACUUUGAGGGAGUUGUCGCUUAGAGAUUUCAUUGAAAGAAAAGAAAUCAGAGUAGGAUUAAGACCUUACAUGCCGGAUGGGAAGCCAAUGAUUGGACAAGUACCUGGUUUACCAAAUUUGUUCCUUGCUGCUGGCCAUGAAGGGGAAGGACUCGCUUUGGCUCUGGGUACUGCGGAAAUGGUUGCGGAUAUGGUGUUGGGCAAUCCUGGGAAAGUUGAUAAUGCGCCAUUUGCCCUGCAAAGAUGAUGAUGAUGAUGUUGGAAUAAUGGUGAAGGAUCAAACAUCCAGUGACAUUAAUAAUGAUAAAUAGAUCACUAACACAUGAGCUCUGCUCUGAUUUCACUUGCUGGUUUAUAGGCCCCAUGAGUUGUUCCUCAUUUCUUUUCACCUCACUAAGACUUAUUACCACAAUCCUUUCUUUCUUGAGCAUAUGUUGUCGGACGGACAUAAAUCUUGUUCUUUGCUUCAUCAAGUCAGUGAUGAUUCCACAACCGUCUGCAGCUUCGUCUGUAGCCAACAAAUGCACAUCAUAGGCUAGUGCUAGUGCAGAAUUGCCAAAAUGCUGUAAUAUUCAAAUUUCGUUUUGUACUGAAAAAUUAGUUGGGCCCUGUUCGAUUCCAGUCUCAGUUCACAUUUUAAUUUCAA